ACCGUCAUAAGUUUAAUUCUAGCCUAUGGGUGUCAAAAAUGCGGACACCCAGUAUUUUGCCAAGUCAUGACAAGACAAAGGGCGAUGGCUGCGGGGCUCACGCUGUAGUUCCUGCAGGUGUGUGCCGUGUGCAAACAGUUCUCAUCAUGAUGGCGUCACUCCAUCGCUCUUAAUAUUUGUCCGUCUUGCCCCUGUAGCCGUGGUAACCUCCCGAGGUCACUGUAGCAUGGCAAAGCGCCAGGUCAACAAAGUGAGGGGAUAGAAGGGGAACAGUCGGACACCUCCCUGUCCUUUCUUUUCUUUCCCCAGCUCGCUGUUUUACGAUUGUCGGGUCGUAAGGUUGGGCGGGCCUUAUCACAUUCGGUGAUUUUCGUUAACGUCUCUCUUUCUUUCUCUUUCGCACGUGCCCGCACACGGACGCACCGAAAGUGUUCAUCGUGUAAAAGUGGAAAUUUAUGUAAAUUUUCAUUUAUCUCACACUUUGUGGGACCUUCGCCUCCAUUUUCUAGUUGGUUUCCGCCCCGUGAAGCGGAUCUGUUGUGAGCAUCAAGUGUGGCCAAGGAACAAGACUAGGAGCCUCCCAGUGACAGGAAAGCAAGGGCUGAAAAACUACAAGACAAAUAGAAGGACCAUGAUGCUAGCAGUAGUGCUGCUUCUGUUAGGGUCAAUACCACAGUGUGUUUGGGCCUACAGCUCUGGUGCCCCUGAUCGUCAAUUAGUUUGUGCUCAGCUCACACCAUCCGGCCAUACACCUAGUACGACCCAGACAACACCAUCGCCUUAUCGUAUAUCUGUCAGCUCCCUUACCUACACACCUAAUGGAAGCAACAUAACAGUCACACUCGAAUCUCCCUGUGGGGCAGGAACAACUUUCAAGGGAUAUUUGCUGAAAGUAGACUAUGCAGAACUCAAUCAUACCAAUAGCUCAUUGGGCAGUUUCAAUACUCCAGCAGGAUCAAAGUCUAUUUGUGAGGGUAAUGGUAGGACUCAUGAUAGCAGCACUGAGAAACAGAGCAUCCAGUUCUUGUGGACUCCACCAGCAACAAGUGUUGGGACCAUUGUGUUUCGGGCAACAUUUGUCCAAUCUUAUUCAACAUUCUGGGUGGAUGUACAUUCUGAUCUGAUUUAUGAAACAAGCAAAACAACUCCUCCACCUACAGAACUUCUGUCUACAGUACGCACGGUAGUUUCACCCAAUGAUUGUCCUCAGACCACUCAGAGUACACAGACCAUUCAGAGUACGCAGAGUAAUCAGGUUACCAUUGCAACUGAUCCAGACUGUGGCAAAACAAAAGGUUGCUUCUCAGACUGCAUAGGAGGCUCAUGCACCUACCUGGUUACAUGGAUUCCAUCAGCAGACUUUGUGACUAUCACCUUGGAGGCUUUUGUGGGCUCAGGCAAUCGUUAUGUUGCGCUUGGGCUCUCCAAAGAUUUAAAUAUGGGUGAUGACAGUGUCAUUGAAUGUGUCAACGAUGGAGUGGUGGUCAGUGUUCACAACUCAUACAAUGACGGCAGGAACAACAAGAGACUAUCCCAAGAAGGCUUGAACCUUACCAGUGGGUCAUACAAAAACCAGAUCUUGAGGUGUGAAUUUACUCGACUGAAAGCAGAAGGACUUGAUGGCAAUCGCUUCACACUUGUUAAUAGAUCGUACACACUUUUCUUAGCCAAAGGGCCAUCAUACAGUGGGGGCAUUUCAAGACAUGAUGAGCGUCCAAAAGUCUCAGGAAUUGAAUUCAACUUGGAAUCCACUUUAUCAGACAGUUCCACAGCUGACAUCAAAUCUCAGCUGGUGAAAGCUCAUGGCAGCUUAAUGAUGGUGGCUUGGAUAUUUGCGGCUAGUCUGGGCAUAGUGAUGGCACGCUACUUCAAGCCUAUGUGGCCAGACAGUAAGCUGUUUGGACAGAAAGUCUGGUUCCAGAUUCACCGUGGUUCCAUGGUUCUUGUGCUGCUUUGUACUGUCAUAGCUUUCAUCAUUAUUUUUGUGAAAGUAGGAGACUACAGUGAGCUUUCAGGUGAGGAUUACAAAAAAGCCCAUCCAGUUCUUGGCAUCAUUGUGACAGCUUUAUGUAUAAUCAACCCCAUUAUGGCACUGUUUAGAUGUCAUCCUGGCACAAAGAACCGACCGAUUUUUAACUGGGCACAUUGGGCUGUGGGAUUUGUGGCAUACAUUCUUGGAGUGAUAACCAUCUUUUUUGGUGUGAAACUGGAGGGAGCUGAUGCACCAGAAUAUAUUGUGUAUGUGCUGGCUGCCUUUGUCUGCUGGCAAAUUCUUGUCUUCUUGAUACUGGAACUUGUGCAGCUGCUGGGAAGGAUGUUCCAACGGAGCAAUACAUAUGAAAUGAGUGACCCCAACUUACCAGCAAAACCUGUUGGAGAGAAGCAGGAGGCUAUCCUUGCAAAGAAUGUGUUACUGGCCUGCCACAUUGUAGCACUGUUUGGUUUUAUCAUCGCUCUCCUUGUCAUCCUCAACAUAAACUGAAUAUAAAGCACAAAGCUUGCUUCUUUCAAUCCAGUGGGCACGCAUCAAAUAUACAGGGUGGAGAGAAGUCCCUGUGCACCAUUAUGUGAUAGAUGUAGCCGCCAUGCAGUUUAAAAAUCAUUAAGAAGAGCAGCCAUCUUUUGCCCAAUUGUUUCAUCUGUGUUCUCUUACUUGCCUUCAACAGCUCAUCCCCACCCCCCACCCCCAGAGAUGAGCUGCUUGUGUUACAACACUGAUGACAAUGAAAUUUCAUUUUAUCUGCUCUUACAAUCAUUAACACAUUAACAUAAUCCUAUCAACAUUGUUGUCAUGCUGAUCACAGCGCUAAAUAAAAUCAAAAUUAUUUCUAGUGAGAAUUUUGCUGGUGUAAAAGUAGGUUGUCACCUUGUCUGCUAUAGAUAUUAUAACACUAUGACAAGUGGGAUUUUUUCUCUAGUGUUUGGAUGUAAACUGAAUCAUGUACUGCAGGUCAGUACAGACAAUACUUUCUGUGAGAAAAUCACAUGCACCUUUUUCUUUACAUUCUUUCUGAUUCUCAUGCUGAUGGUUGUGCAUUAUUUGAGAGUCUGAAACAAAAGAAAGAUGGAGAGACAGAGAUUGCUUGUGUAUGCGUUCAUGAGUGAGUGAGUGUAUGUGAGUGCACAUGUUUAUGUGCACAUGCAUGUAAGCAUAUGUAUAGUGGUUGUGACAAAUUGCUCCAGCAUUUUUGAAAAUUUGAAUCAGUUUCCAAAGUGUCUCCAAAGUGCACUAACUGUUAACUGUUACCAUAUAUAGCUGCAUCUGAUUGCUUUGGAAAUGGGCUAGUUCAUAAGCAGUCCUGACCAUGAGGAUGGCAGGACAUGCACUGGCAUAUUGUAGAAUGGUGAAGCUAUUUGGUUUGCAGUUUUAUGAUAAACUGUUUCUGCUUCUUUCUUUUUAAAAUACCUGACAGCUGUAUGAUGUGAAUGUUUUUCUGUGUUCAUAAACAAGCUUUCAAUUUUGGAGAACGCUAAAAUCUUUGCUUCUAAUCUUUGUUUUUAAAAAAUAUCUUUGCUAUAAAUUUUUGGUGUGAUGGCAUUAGAGUCUACCUUUAUGUGAGUAUAUUCUGUGCUGUAAUAGAGGUUUAUAGUCCUUGUACAUGUGCUUAUUCUGAUUUUUACAAAAAACUAGAAAUUUGUCAGAAUAUGUAUUAUGUCGAGAUUGUUAUUAAGACCAUUUAAAAAAUCUGUAUAUUUAUAUAUAAUAUACUUUCUGUGUCUAUGAUGGAUAGGGGAAUAACCAAUUAGACUUAGUUUGCUUCUAUUUUUCUUUAUCAGUUUUUGGCAUGGCUUUUGGAUAGAUUUUGGCUUUAACAUACUUUUUGCAAUUGUUCUUUGUUCAUUAGAUUUUCAUGCAAGAAAAAAGAACAUUGCUACUUUGUACUUAUAAAUUUAUUAUGUCUUGAUGUAUAUUCAUUAUCAUCAGCAGUAUUUUUUCUGGGGUGAAGGCAUUGUGUUUUGUUUUUAACUAGAUCUUUUGAAGAUUCUAAUAUUUCUAGUUUGGGUUCUGAAAACUUAAAGCUGUCAGACAGAAGGACAUCAGGUACAUUUGAGAGUGUUCUAUGUUACAUUAAAUACAAGAAGCAUCUCAUAUUCUCAUACAACAGUCAAUGGAGUUAUGAUAUAUCUUUUGCUAUAAGAGACAAAAUGUUUUCAAUCACUUGAUAACAAAAGUGAUUGCUUUUCAAAAUCAAAAUUAUUUUUGCAUUAUAUUUGCUAAUGUUGCCUUAAGAUGCACAUUCAUACAUAGCUGAGAAAUGUCAAAGGAGAUAGUCUAGGGUCCAAAUCAGCUUGGGCUUCUUUUUGUGUGAAAAGUUUGCCCAAGAUCUAUGAAAAAUUGUAAAAACUGGAAAUUUAAACUAUAUGGUCACCUGCAAUAUAUAUAUACAUAUCUAUAUCUGAUUGUACAUAGUUUUUUGCACAAUACUUUGCUAACUGUAAUUUUGUAAUACAGACCCAUUAUAUCUUAUACCAAAACACAUCAGCUGCACAGGACACAUGUAUAAUAUAUUAUGCAGAGAAUUUGAAACAUGUUGAAGGUUUCUUUUUUUUAAUUUAGAUAUUUUAUACCUGUUCAUACACCUAGGAACAUUUUUAGAUAUUAGAACAUAUAUGGUGAGAAAACUGUUUAUAAGAAUAUAAAACUAUUGAAAUGUAUUUCAUCCAAAAGAUUGCUGUUGAACAUAUGCAAAAGAAUUUUAAAAAGUUAAUUUGUUUGGUAACCUUUUAAAGAUUAUAGUAUUUUAUGGUUGUUUUAAAGUGUUAGGGGAGUUAUAUAUAGUCGUAAGUAGCUGUUAUUUUGUACAGUAGAUAACGGACGCAAACGAUCACUGCAUCAGCAACCUUGUUAUUUCCAGGGAGUUAAUGCAUGGCAGAGUGUUUUACUACACGUCAAGAGUUAUCUAACUUAGCUCAUCCUAGGUAAUGCUUCUUAUAAUAUAUCCAGAACCACCCUACGACCUUCUCCCCUUUUCGGUUAACCAGUGGCAUAGGAAGAUGCUUGCUUUUUUGUGGGGGGGAGGGUUAAAAACUUUUCUGACAGUGAUCGACGUUCACAUUCUUGUUUUCUUCACUGGUAAAAAUAUAAGAUUUAUGCAACAGACUCGAGAAAGGUACGUGGCUUAUUAAACUACUUUAGAAAAGAAUUGUUGGCUUUGGUUCAAAUAAAAUGACACUUGUCGAUCAAU